AUUUCCUCCGACGAUUUUUCGCCUCUCUCUCUCCCUCUCUUUACUCCUAUCUUCUCCUCUGUCAUCGUUCUCUCUCUCUCUCCUCUCCCGGAGAUUUUUACUACUCAGGUGUUCUUCGGUGUGGAUCAAAGGGGGAAAGGAAAAAGAUGAAUCAUUGCAACCUUCAGCAGAACGCCUUCAUGUCUCGUGAGGAGAUGAUGGGAUUUGAUCGUAAGGAUCUUCUUGUUUGUCCUAAGCCUCGACGUGUUGGUUUACUCGCCAACAACGUCAUUCGUCCUCUUAGAUUACAUAUGAGUCAAGCUGCAGCUGAUUUGUGUGAUUCUAAAGCUGGUGCUGAGCUUUUGGACAUCAUUCGUAGAAAGGAGGAUAAUGGAACAAUAGGGCAGUUACUAUCAUCAUCACCACCAUAUUUUCCCGGUUCACCACCGAGCAGAGCAGUGAACCCAUUAGUCCAAGAUGCUCGUUUUCGAGAUGAGAAACUCAAUCCAAUCUCACCAAACUCUCCUUUCCUUCAGCCCAAUUCAGCAACUGCUUUCCCGUCUCCAUCUUCAUCAUCAUCAUCCUCGUCCUCGUCCCGUGGUUGUGUUAGGAUGAAGUUUGGACUCAACUCUCCUGCAGUUAGAGUAGAAGGAUUCGAUUGCUUGAACCGUGAUCGCCAAAACUCAAGCAUCCCUGCCAUGGCUUAGUAGACAGAAAACAAAAAACAAGUGUACAUAGAGAGAUUUGGAAACCGUUCACCAAUGCCUAACAGAGGAGGAUUUGAUUUGCUACUUGCUGCUACCAUUACUAGUCUACUAGUGCUACCAUUUUUGAAGUAAAUGAAUAUGUUUUUUGUUUUUCAUCUUUUCCUAAGAGAGAGAGAGAGAGAGAGAGGAGGAAGAAGUGGGGGGGAAGAUGAAGAUCAGUUACCGUCGCCGGUCACCGUUUUUUUUUUUAAUUAUUCAGGUUAGUGUUUGUAUAUAAAAAUAUGCAGUAUUUAAAGAAGAGUCGAAUCAAUGUAUUCGUUUGGUGUUUUUUCUGGGUCGGGCGGAUCUUUAGUAUUUAAAGAAGAUUAGAAGAAGAAUCUGUAAAAUUUUCUCGGGAAAAAAAGAAGAACUCUUUGUUUCUAUCUUCUCGUUGUAAUAUAGAUAAUCAAUUUGGAUUUUUAUCUUCGUUCAGAGAAGAAAGUCACCAUUGUGUAUAGUUAUGUUUCUUCUUUUUGUCCUGGUGAUCUGAAGUUCUCUUGACCCUUUAUGUAUGUAUGUAUUCUGUUUCUGGUGUUUUGAUACAUCCGUAUAUCAAAGUGUUGUAAGUAAA